UGAAAAGCUACAAAGAGAUCCUAAUUCAUGGGAAGGAGUACAGAGGGAUUUCUUCCAGAUUCUGAUUAAGAUUGUGAUUAAGUGCUGGAGAGUGUUGGAAAGGAGCUGCCAGAUGACGAUGGUGCAAAGUGCCCAUCUCUCAGAGGAAGCAAAGUCAGUUGAUGUCUGGAAGGAGCCCUGACUCACCACAAUGCAGCUGGCAGAGGCUAAGUGCCUGUGGCCCCAUAGGCAAUAACUACACCUGACUGAGGACCUGCUCUCAAAUGAACGAAGCAUGGGUGUCAACCCUUAUCGGUAUCUAAGUGGAUCUGCUGUAUUUGUGCUAAUAGCUCUGUUGGUUUUCAUGGUAAUGCUGUCAUCUGCUGAACGCGGGUGCCCUACAGGAUGUAGGUGUGAUGGCAAAAUGUUUUAUUGUGAAUCUCAGAAACUGCAGGAAAUCCCAUCAGCUUUAUCUCCUGGCUGCAUAGGUUUAUCUCUCCGAUACAACAGUCUGCACAUCCUGAAGUAUAAUCAAUUUAAAGGUCUUAAUCAGCUCACUUGGUUGUACAUAGACCACAACCAUAUUAGCGAUAUUGAUGAGAAUGCUUUUAAUGGAAUUCGCAGGCUGAAAGAAUUGGUUCUGAGUUCUAACAGGAUCUCCCACAUCUUAAACAAUACCUUCAGACCUGUAACUAACCUAAGGAACUUGGAUUUAUCUUACAACAUCAUGCAGACAUUGAGACCUGGGCAGUUUAAAGGCUUGAGAAAACUACAGAGUUUGCACCUGAGGUCAAAUUUACUGAGGACAGUCCCUGUGAGGAUAUUCCAAGAUUGCAGAAACCUAGAACUUUUGGAUUUAGGAUAUAACAGGAUCAGAAGUUUGGCCAGAAAUGUGUUUACGGGCAUGAUCAGAUUAAAAGAACUCCACUUAGAACACAACCACUUCUCUAAACUCAACCUAGCUCUUUUCCCAAGGCUGGUGAGUCUUCAGAAUCUUUAUUUACAGUGGAACAGAAUCAGCUUCAUAGGACUGACCAUGUCAUGGACCUGGACCUCUUUACAACGGCUGGAUUUGUCUGGCAAUGAGAUAGAAGCCUUCAGUGGACCAAUUGUAUUUCAAUGUGUGCCAAACCUACAGCGUCUCAACCUGGAUUCCAACAAACUCAGCUUCAUAGGUCAAGAAAUCCUGGACACUUGGAUAUCUCUCACAGAUAUAGGUCUUGCAGGAAAUAUUUGGGAGUGCAGCAGGAAUAUAUGUUCCCUGGUAAAUUGGUUGAAAAAUUUUAAAGGCUUGAGAGAUAACACAAUUCUCUGUGCUGGCCCGAAAGAUCUCCAGGGGGAAAAUGUGAUUCAGGCAGUCAGAACCUAUAAUAUUUGCAGUAAGGGUAUUACAGAAAGCAGAGAACUGAAAAACAGUGUACGAAUUCCAACCAUAAAACACAAAAGUGUCAGAACUAAACAUGAGAGCAACAGUUCAAUGCCACCACCAACUGUUGGAAUGACAGGAUCUGUUUUUGAGAGCAGUGGGGAUUCAGAGAUUGUCUCUUUACAUAAAAUCAUAGCAGGCACUGUAGCCCUGGUCUUGUCAGUGCUAGUGAUAUUCUUGGUGAUCUAUGUUUCAUGGAGAAGAUCUCCAGUAGGUAUAAGACAUCUGCAACAGGGGUCUCUUCUAAAAAAUCAAAGACACUCUAAAAGGUCACCCAUAACUCAAAUGCCUUCGUCCUCGCAGGAAUUUUACGUAGACUACAAACCUGCAAACAGAGAAGCUUGUGAAAUGGUUAUAAAUGGUGCACUGCCCUGUACAUUCACUAAAUCAGGUUCCCGGGAAUGUGAGGUGUAACAUAUUAAAAUAAAAUGUUUUUAAAGCUC